ACCGACUCGCUCGUGAUUCGCGGAUCCGCCACUUCCUGUAGCUGCCUCUUCCUGUAGCGCCGCCUCAAACAAAACAAGCGACUUCUCAUAAAACCGAGAAGGAGGCCGCCGAGAAGAUAAUCUACCACCGCGGACGCGUACACUACUCCUCCGUUAAUCAAGACGGGGUGUGUUUUCACACAAGCGCGGAGGCUGUGAGCUGGGAGUUACGGCGAUGAUGGCGUCCAGCUACAGCGCGAAGGAGGAGGACGGUCACCACUCCGGGUCCGUGGGGCUCGGCGGAGCGGCCAUCCGGACCAGGAAGCCCGACAACACGGCCUUCAAACAGCAGCGGCUACCGGCCUGGCAGCCCAUCCUGACCGCGGGCACCGUGCUGCCCGCCUUCUUCAUCAUCGGCCUCAUCUUCAUCCCCAUAGUCGGCCUCUACGUGACGUCCAACAACAUCAAGGAGUUCGAGAUCGACUACACCGGAACUGACAUGUCCAGCCCGUGUUUUAACUGCUCUCAAAGCUUCAGCUGGAACAGCACGAAUCCCUGCAAAUGUGUGCUGUUCUUCUCUCUAGACCAGCCCUUCGAAAGUAAUGUCUUCAUGUACUAUGGACUCUCAAACUUCUACCAAAACCAUCGGCGCUAUGUGAAGUCCAGAGAUGACAGCCAGCUUAACGGAGACGAGCGCUCACUUAAGGAGCCAAGCAAAGAAUGUGAGCCGUACCGCACUAAUGAUAACAAGCCUAUAGCCCCGUGUGGAGCCAUUGCUAACAGCAUGUUUAAUGACACACUGGAUCUGUUUUACAUUGAUCCCAAUGGAACGAAAACAGAAAUUCCUUUGAUCAAAAAAGGGAUUGCGUGGUGGACGGAUAAGCACGUGAAGUUCAGGAACCCCGGUGGAAGCAACCCAAACCUCACCGCUGUUUUCAUAGACACAGCGAAGCCGAUCAACUGGCGCAAGCCCGUUUACGAGCUGGACGUUGACCUGGAAAACAACGGCUUCAUAAAUGAGGAUUUCAUCGUGUGGAUGCGCACAGCCGCUCUCCCCACCUUCAGGAAGCUCUACCGGAUCAUCCAGAAGAAGAGCAACAUGACACCCACCCUUCCCAGAGGAAACUACAGCCUGGAAGUCUCCUACAACUACCCCGUGCGCAGCUUUGAGGGCCGGAAGCGAAUGAUCCUCAGCACCAUCUCCUGGAUGGGAGGGAAAAACCCCUUCCUGGGCAUCGCCUACAUAACCGUGGGCUCCAUCUGCUUCUUCCUCGGCGUAGUGCUCCUCUUCAUUCAUCACAAAUACGGAAACCGCAACAACAGCUCCGAUAUUCCCAAUUAAGCUCGCGGAGUGCGUGCCACCUGUCGGCGUUUCAGAGGUGCAGGAGCAUUUGACCACUUGAUGUUUUCCUUUUAUUUAUUACUACCCGAGAUGCUGUGUCCACUUACAAAGUUUCUUUUUUUUUUUUUUUAUUUGGAUGUUUUCUGAUGAUGGCUGGUGGUUCGUUUCAAGCAUGUUUUGGCCGUCGAUAUGCACGUACGUCUGAGGUUAGCGCGAUAGUCAACGAGCAGCCGAAAUAAAGACCCAAGUUGUAUAAAGUACAGUAAAUGAAUGUAUAUUUUUUACCUUCGGCCAAAAGUAAUGUUUAAACGGGACUGCUUUUAACAGUUUGAUGUACAAAGAAUAAUUUCACUUUCCCUCGAGGUUCUUAAAGGCGAAUGCUGUGGCUCUGUUUACUUUCAAAUGUCUUCGUAGUGCCAGGUUACGGUAGGGGUCAGUGACAACUACCGUUAAAUUUUAAGGACCGUUCAAGUCGUCUUUUUGUGUGUUUGUUUCCUGGAGAUGCUUGUGCUUUUUUAAAGAAGCUUUGCUGUGUGUAAUUCAUGGCUUGCGAGGACCAAACGUUUCGUUCUUUGUCUAUUUAAUUGAAACCGUCUUGGGCUCAUUUUGGCUGUCGCGUCUUUAAGUGUUUCAGCAUGUCUGCCUCUAACAAAUAAGCACUUUAGAAAGUGACAAGCCAUACAUUUUUUUUUUUUUGGCCAGUUUUUAGAAGUGUGUGUGAGUUUUAUUGUUGGGUGAAUAAAGCGUCUAUUGGCUGAA